GAUUUAAGUAAAAUUACUUUUGACGUGUUCUUUUGACAGUUACGCAAUGAAAAAAAUUGACCGAUGAAAAUUUUUUUGAAAUAUUAAAAAGGAAAUUCAUAUAGAUUUAAUACGAAAACAUUAACGAAAAAAAUGUUGCGGAAGGUAGUAAUUAGUUCUGUCCCAUUAUACAUUUCUGCGACUGCUGUUAAGAAGAGCGAGGAAAAGCCAGUUCCCCCAAAAGUUGAGGAUGAAUUUGCUCACUAUAAAUGCAAACCAUCAGACUUACCUUUAUAUGUUCCUCUACAUGCUAAAAACAAGAAAAGUGAUGAACAUCAUAAGCUGGAAGAACCAGGUGCUAUAGAAAGUGGGAUCAGAGCCGUAAGACUUGAAAUAAAGUCAGCAUGCAAUGCGGUUGCUUCACAAAAGCAGCAUUUUGCAGAUUAUAUUGAAACUGCAAAGGCUCAUACGAAAUCAACUGUGGAUUACUUAAAUCAACCAGAAAAUACAAUGCCCCGUGUUGGUGCUAUUGCUGUUGGUGGUUUAGCAGGUUUAAUAUUUUCUUUGCGUGGCGGUUUCAUCAAAAGAGUUUUAUAUACGGGUAUUGGCGCGGGCGCUAUUGCUUCAAUAUGUUAUCCAGACGAAGCUGCGAAAUAUGGUGAUGUUGCAUUAAAAGAAGCCGCAAAAGGAAUAAAUAUAGGAUAUAAUUUUGUUUUUGGAAUUAAGCCUGGAGACGAUGUAGAACCCAUUAAACUUCCGAAAUUCCCAACAAAUUUAUCAGAAAUUUCAGAUUCAAUUUCAGAUCUGGCGAAAAGUGCUAAAGAUGCCCUAUUUUCAUCAAAAAAAUAAUGAUUAGAAACUUUAGUUAAUAUUUUCAAUUAAAGAAAACAUGUACUUUAAAAAAUUAAAAAAACUAAAUUAAAUAUUUUUGCUUUUAAAAAAUAUAAUAAAUAAAUAAAAAUUUCGAGAAUA